CAGUGUCGCCACGGACCUCCACUGUAAUCUCCAUUUUGAAUGUUUUUAUGGUUUAGGGUUUUAUGUGGCACGCCUCUUUUCUCAUGGCCGAAAAUGAGAAAAUUGCCUGGAUUACCCAGAUGGGGUUAUGAAUUCGGACUAAAACGCUGGACGAUAUCCGACCCGCGACCUUUUUCUCGCAGUUUGCGAUUUGUCUUGCUCUUCUAAAACGACCUCAGACUGCGGUGAAGGCUCAUGUUGUUGCUAAUCGCUUUCAGCAGAAACCUCUACACUAAAACAAUGUCAGAUGAUGCAACAAAUCAAAACAGGAACGUAAAUAUCAAAAGUAAUGCAAGAUGGAUCAAGGAGGACUGAAGAACGGCGCCAAGAGAGAUGGGCGUUUGAAUACGUUGGAUUACAGCAACAGCCCAGUUGAGGGAAUUUUACGAAGCGGGAUACAAAGCGCCAUGUCUGUCGCUCCCACGUCCAUGGUUCCUCAACCCAGUCCACUGAUGCAGCCAGUUUCCGCGGACCUUCCCAAUGGCCUGAGCAAUUCACCCACUCUAGAGGAGCACACCACUUCCACUCUUGGCUUCUUCAUGGAAGAUUCAGAACUCAAAGCGGUCGGGAAGGAGCAGAGGGCUCAACAACAACAGGCCCUGUGCUCUUUCACUUUGGGGGACAGCUUCUCAGGUCUGGAGGCCAGCAUUGCAGACCUCAAUAGCUCCUCCCCUUCAAUGGACUCCAUGAUCGGUGGAGUCGACCCCAAUCUCUUUCCUUUAAAAACAGAGCAAUUUUCUCCCAUGGAUAAAUGCGAUAUGGAUCUUGACCAAGAUUCCUUUGGUCCAAUGGGGAAAGAUGUUGAUGUUGGCAAUCAUAAGCUAUUUAGUGACAACACUCUGGACCUCCUGCAGGACUUUGAGUUGGACGGAUCGCCUUCUGAUUUCUAUGUGGCAGAUGACGCGUUUCUCUCCACCAUAGGUGAAGAUGCUCUGCUCGGAGACUUGUCGACAAAUACAGAGAGGGACUCAAAGGCCACGAUCUCGGUAAACAGCACGCUCAACGGCAUGAGCACUUCCAGCACCACCACUACCAGCCUGGCCACUGUGAAAGUGGAGAAGGACUCUAUAAUCCAGCUGUGUACUCCAGGGGUCAUCAAAAAGGAGAACGUCGGUGGGACUAACUACUGUCAGAUUGGUCUCCACAGCACACCUAUUAACAUUUGUGGUGUCACCACUUCAAGUGGACAGAGCUUUCUCUUUGGGGCCGGCCCGUCCACAGCUGCUGUCAGUCAGCAGAAAGAUCAGAAGCCUAUCUUUAACGUGUACACCCCUCUGAGCUCUUCAGAAGACAGUUGGAGCAGGGGCCAGGGCUUUGGGAAUGCAAGCGGAAUGCAACAGAGGGCCAGCGAAUGCUUUUCCAAAAACUACACAAGCCCCUAUGCCAGACCUGAAGACAGCACUGCCACACCCUCGGCUGUUGGAAAGUCCGGCACUGGCAUACACAAGAUCUGUCUGGUGUGCUCGGAUGAAGCUUCGGGCUGCCAUUAUGGAGUCCUCACCUGUGGAAGCUGUAAAGUCUUCUUUAAGAGAGCAGUUGAAGGGCAACACAAUUACCUGUGCGCUGGACGGAACGAUUGCAUCAUUGACAAAAUCCGCCGGAAGAACUGCCCUGCCUGUCGUUUCCGCAAAUGCCUCAUGGCAGGCAUGAACCUAGAGGCCCGUAAAACCAAGAAGGGGCGUCAAACAGGCAAGGUAAUCCAGCAGCCGACGAUUCCAGAGCGCAAUCUUUCCCCACUGCCCGAGGCCCGGGCACUGGUACCCAAACCCAUGCCUCAGCUGGUGCCCACCAUGCUGUCACUACUAAAGGCCAUUGAGCCGGAAACCAUCUAUGCCGGAUACGACAGCACCAUACCUGACACGUCCACCCGCCUCAUGACCACUCUGAACAGGCUGGGCGGCCGGCAAGUCAUCUCUGCGGUCAAAUGGGCCAAAGCUCUGCCAGGCUUCCGGAACCUUCACCUGGACGAUCAGAUGACCCUCCUGCAAAGUUCCUGGCUGUUCCUCAUGUCUUUUGGACUAGGUUGGAGAUCAUACCAGCAGUGUAAUGGAAACAUGCUGUGUUUCGCACCGGACCUAGUGAUCAAUGAAGAGAGGAUGAAGUUGCCCUACAUGAAUGAUCAGUGUGAACAGAUGCUGAAGAUCUCCAAUGAGUUUGUGAGACUGCAAGUGUCCAAUGAGGAGUACCUGUGCAUGAAAGUCCUUCUGCUCCUGAGCACAGUACCGAAGGAUGGUUUGAAGAGCCAGACAGUGUUUGAUGAGCUACGAAUGUCUUACAUUAAAGAACUGGGCAAGGCCAUUGUGAAGAGAGAGGAGAACUCCAGCCAGAACUGGCAGCGAUUCUAUCAGCUCACUAAGCUACUGGACUCAAUGCACGAUAUGGUGGGUGGACUCCUGAACUUCUGUUUCUUCACGUUUGUGAAUAAAUCCCUCAGCGUGGAGUUUCCCGAAAUGCUUGCGGAGAUCAUCAGCAAUCAGUUACCAAAAUUCAAAGCCGGGAGUGUCAAGGCGCUGCUCUUUCACCAGAAGUGAAUCUCCUCCCAGCAGCAGGACACAAUGCCUUAAACAUCCACCCCAUCCCCACUCCCACUCCACCCGAGACAGCAGAGGGAGGCAGAGCAGAGCGAGACGGAGGCGCAGGGAGGGUGAGGGGCAGGACAGUAUGCAACCCAGCACAGAACUCCACGAUUGACCAGAAUACAGUGGAAGAGGAAGAGACGGGUAAUUAGAGAGGUUCUAAAAAGCUAACAAAUGGCUGAACUGUUGAAAUUACGUAACUGUGAAUCUCACAGAUAGGCUAUCACAUACAUGUCGUCUCAGGUGUUUGACUCCCAGCAUCAACUAUCAGUAGAAGAAAUCGAAUUGUCUAAGAUCACUUACUAUGUAGAGUUCCUCACAUCUUUUAUUUUUGGAGCAGAUGCAGCACCCCAGCACUUACAGUCCAGUAUGCGCAGAUUAUAUAGUUUCUUUUACGUCAGAUUAUCUUCAGAUAUCAUACUUUAUAACUUCGGAUGAUAACAGUUUCAAAUAAUCAUUUCAAAUAAUAUGUACAGAGAUAAUGGCUUCAGCUUGGUUUGAAAGAAUGAAAUGCGUUUUGUAUAACAACAACAUAUCUUCAGUCACUGUUUUAAAACAAGUCAUGUCGUUAACAGAAUUACAUAUAUACAGAAAAAGGGAAAAUAUGUGCCUUUUUUUUUUAGCUUGUUUCCUUUUUAGCCGUUCUCUUGACUCGUCCGCACCAGACAUCUGGCACCCAUUGUGUUAGGACUUCUUCAUAGUUGAUUGUACUUUUAUA